AUGAACCUACGAGAUCAUUUUCUUAGCGUACAACAUCAAAGUGUGUUACUUCAAUAUCUUAGUAAAAGUACUCAACAUCAGAUAUAUGAUGAAUCAAGAGCAUCUUCUCGUACAACAAUAACUACUGAUAGAGAAACUGAUGAGACUUUCAAUCGAAAUCUUCAAGAAUUAUUGGAAACAACGAAUAUGCUAUUGGAUAGUGUUGGUACUUUAAACGAUGAUACUCAACGAAUCAGUUCAGAAUCAUUUCGGCAUCAAAUUUCGCUUCAAUCUUUAUCUGAGGAGUUAUCCAAAUUAAAAGUUGCUGUUGAAGAAACACAUUCUUCAAUGAAUAUUCAUCAAGUCAAUCAGCAAACACUUGAACAAAAUCUUGUCUCAAUCCAACAGCAACUUGAAGAUCAAAAGAAUAUUUCCACUGAUGGAAAACUUAUGUGGAAAAUUACAAAUGUUCAACAAAAAAUAGCUGAUGCUCAGAGCGAACGUCAAAUAUCUAUUUAUUCUCCUGUAUUCUAUUCAUCCCCGAACGGUUAUAAAAUGCGACUUCGUCUUUAUUUGGUCGGUGAUGGUAAUGCUAGACGUACGCAUAUGUCACUGUUCUUCGUACUUAUGCGUGGAGAGUAUGAUGCUAUUCUUGAAUUUCCAUUCAGUUACAAGGUUAUCUUUUGUCUAAUCGAUCAAACACCUCAACAACGACAUAUUACAGAUUCAUUUCGACCUGAUGUGAAAUCAAAUAGCUUUCAAAGGCCUCGAUCAGAUAUGAAUAUAGCUUCUGGUAUACCGAAAUUUGUGCCACUGACAAUCAUUCAACAAGAUAACAGUUCCUAUGUUCGUGAUGAUACAAUGUUUAUCAAGGCUAUAACGAUUACUGUGGAAAAUGAAAGUGAUCAUGAAGACGAAGAUGAAGAUGAAGAUGAAGACGAAGACGAAGAUGAAGACGACGAUGAUGAUGAUGAUAGUGAUGAUGAUGAUGAUGAUAAUGAUUCGGAUAUUGAAGAAGAAGAACUUAUUGAAAAUGGUAAUGUCAAUGAAGAUCUUCGACAAGCUGUUGAAAAAGCACUUGGUAAUGCAGCAGCAAAAGAAGAUCAAGAAGAUGAUGUGGAUAUGGAUGAUGAAGCUAUGCUUCGUUUAGAUCCACUUAUUGCUGAAGCAUUUCGAUCACAAAUUAAAAAAUCAUCAAAUAUUAAAAUAAUUAAUGAAAAACUUCAUCAUCAAUUUCGUGUACUUGAUCUUAUUGAAUCAGUUAUUAAAAAAGAUAAACGUAUGCGUUUUGUUUUAAUAAGUAUACGUCCAUUGAUUGAAACAUUAACAAGUUUGCCAAAUACAUCUGCUUAUAAAACAAUGAUUGAACGACUUGAUUCAAUUUUAUGUCAUUUAUCAAAUCGAAAAAUUGGUCAUUCGGAUAUGCCAACAACUGAUGAAUGUAUAGAAUUAUUUCGUUAUUUAACAUCAUUGGCUGGUAGUCGAACAAAAUUGACUACUGAAACACUAUCAAAAGUAUCAAUGUUUGUCAUUAAAUUAUGUUUACAUGUGGGUAAACUAGAAGAUAGAUUAAUCGGCGUAGAAGAAACAAUUUUAACUAUGUAUGAAGGUGGAUUUCUUCGUUUUCUUCAACCUAAUCCACCAAAAGAGAAAUCCGAGAAAAAAAAGAAAAAACAAAAAGACGAUGAUGACGAUGUUGAUGAACUAGUAGUUCAUCAAUCUGUUGUUCAUCCAAGUAUUAUUAAGGAAUUUCUUUUACGUUUUCCUGAAUAUGGUACACGUCUUAUGUUAUUAAUGGUACAAACAGCUUUGAAAGAAAGUAUUAAUUGGAAAAAACGAAAUAUUGUCUGUGGUACAUUGAACAAUUUUCUUAAUAAAAAACAAUCGGACAAUAUGGAUGAAAAAUUAUUAAAAGCAACUAUUGAUCUUCUUGUUACGAUGUGCAAUGAUCCAAAAUCAGCAAAAAUGGAAUCAUUACAUGUUAUAACAAUAUUAACACAAAAAUUAUUACUUAUUCGAGUAAGUUUAUAUUAG